GAAAGAGGUUGCUAUGGAUAGGAUAAUAGCUUUAAUUGAUAUGGACUGCUUUUACGUUCAAGUUGAACAACGUCUAAAUAAUUCAUUAAGAGGAAAACCAUGUGCAGUAGUGCAAUAUAAUCAAUGGAAAGGUGGAGGGAUUAUUGCAGUGAGUUAUGAAGCCAGAGCAUUUGGUGUAACCAGGCAGAUGAGAGGAGACGAAGCCAAGGACAAAUGCCCUGAUAUUCACCUAGUCCAAGUCCCUGAGAGCAGAGGCAAGGCAAACUUAGACAAGUACAGAGAAGCUGGAGCAGAAGUUAUAAAAGUUUUGUGCAAAUUCAGUAAUUGUGUUGAACGUGCAAGCAUCGAUGAAGCUUACAUCGACCUCACUGAAGCCGUUCAGCAAAGAAUGGAAAGAAUGCAAGGAGAAUCGGUAACGUUUGAUAUGCUUCCUAACACGCAUGUCGUAGGCUGGGAUGGUACGGGAGAAUCAAGCGAGCGUGCUGAUGACCAAGAUUCAAAACAAGAUGGAGGUGCAGUGCAAUGUGAUGGCCUAAGCAACAGAGAAGCUGGAUUGAUACAGUGGUUGGAUAAUGCUGCUAGUUUGCAGGACAAGAGGCUGGCAGUGGGAGGCUACAUCGUAGAAGAAAUGAGGGCAGCGGUCUAUAACGAAACAAGUUUUAGAUGUUCAGGGGGAAUUGCUCAUAACAAGAUGUUAGCAAAGUUGUGCUGUGGCUUCAACAAGCCAAACAAACAAACCAUUACCCCUCAUGCCUCAGUGGAAAAACUUUUUCAAACACUUCCUAUCAGGAAAGUUCGGCAUCUUGGAGGCAAACUUGGACUCUCUUUAGUUGAAGACUUGAACAUAGAAUUCAUGGGAGAUUUGUGUCGCUACUCAAAGGUGAACCUUCAAACCAAAUAUGGAGACAAAACUGGUUUGUGGCUUUAUGAGAUUUGCCGGGGAUUAGAAUAUGAUGCGGUGAAACAGCGAACGCUUCCAAAAUCAAUUGGGUGCAGCAAAAAUUUCACAGGCAAAUCGGCGCUGGACACCAAAGAUAAGGUGAAGCACUGGUUGGGUGAACUUGCUAAUGAGGUUGCAGAAAGAAUUACAAAAGACCAAGAACUGAAUAACAGAGUUCCUAAACAGUUGACGGUUAGCCUACGUCAAGACAAGAAGCCACCAGGCAACAUGACGCGGUCGUGUGCCCUCAGUAAAAUUGAUGGUGAGAGUAUGGCGUACGUAUCAUACAUGUUGAUACAAAGUCUGAACACAAUGGGUGGCAACCAAAUGGCCUGGGUACCUCAUAUCCUUUCACUGGGUAUCGUUGCUUCCAAAUUCACAGAACUAGUCUCCAGUGGAAACUUAAGUAUGAAAGACUUUCUAAACAGUCCAUCAAAAAUCCCAAACCAGGAUGUAACUCUGAAACAACAAUUCAAAUCACAGAAAAGUGUAGCACCCAAAAGUAUUGAGAAAUUCUUUUCACCUGUACAGAAAGUUUUUGAUCAGGAGAAGGAAGGACAUAUAAAACAGCAGGAUGCAAUAUCAAUAAGUAGUUGUAAAGAUGAGAUUCCCACAAAUUUGUCAAAUGAUAACGAAAGUUUAUGUCUCAAUAACGAAGACAAUGACGAACAACAUAUCCAUUCCAAAGUGAACGUCCUCUCUAUGAUACCUGUAAACAAUCAAUCAAAGUUAAUUGAACAGAGUGACAUUGGGAAUAUUGCAUCAUCAUCUAAAUCGCUGUUAUCAUUUUUUUCGCAAAAACAUAAUCAGGCAUCAGUAAUGGCUAAUACUAAUAUGGAGGAAACACAGAUUGACACGGAUGAGAUCUGUUCGGAAAUUGAUAACAUAGAUGAAGUGCAAUGCGAAAAAUGUAGCUUAAAAGUUACAGCAUGGGAUUAUCCGGAGCAUUUGGAUUAUCAUUUUGCGAUGGAUUUACAGAAACAGAUCAGUGAUGAGGGGAGUGCGCCACCAACUUUUGUGCAGGAUUCAAUGGGAAAUACUGGCAAGCGCUGUAGAGUGCAAGAAUCAGGUUCUGUUAAAAAGAAGAAGCCAAAUGCCACUGCAUCAAUUGCAUCAUAUUUCACGAAACCUUGAUAAAGCUAUAAAUGACCCAACCAAUAAUCGAUAUGGUCCAGUGGUUAUAGUGCCUCACAAAUUUGAGCUCAAAUCAUAUCUUGCUCAUUUUUAUUAAGAUGUUUACAAUGUGAAUAUCAUCUGUAUACAUCACUCACCCAAAUACAACUAUCAAUUUACAUCCUAUUUCAAGAAACCUCAAUCAUUGAUAUGAUCCAGUAGUUAUAAUAGUGCCUAACAAAUUUGUGUUCAAAUCAUACAUUCCUCAUUUUAUUAAGAUGGUUACAUUGUGAGUAUCACCCAUAUACAUUACUCAUGCGAAUGAGUAAUGAGAAUUACCUUUAAUUAUGAUUAAUUUACAAGACAGUGUCAAAGUAAUUAACUGAUUAAUAAUCAUUAGUAUUACAUUGUUGUCAUUCAAAAGGCUUCACCAUAAGAAUAUGUAAACAGUAGCCUGGUGUUAAAUGAUUUUUGGCAGUGGUGUAAAAACGAUUCAUGGGGCUGGGGGCUCCAUGUCAUUAAAAUAUUUUCACUCACGGAGUGUCCAAGUUGUAGAUAAUUUCCCAUCUAAAAAAAUGACUGAAAAUAUGUCAUUUAAGUAUUCAACUAUUGAGUAUUCAACUAUAAAUCAACUUGUUAUCCCACAAAAAUCACCGAUAGUGCAUUGUCAUUCAUUUGAUAUUUUUUGGUAUUUGAUAUUGGCGGAAGCCUCUUUGAGGCUCCAUCCAUCGUUUUUUAUUAAAUUUAUUUAUAAGGCAACAUUCAAACAGUAAAAAAUAGACCUUUUUGACUGGAUUCCUGGGCUUGUCCUCUAGAGCUAAUUGGUGUUAAGCCACUGAUUUUUUUCCAGUUUGGAAAUAGUUGCACCAUUCCUGACUAUGAAUCAAUCACCAGAUAAAAAAAAUAUUUUGAAAUGAAACACAAUUCUAUGGCCUUGUGUUUGGUAUUGUAUUGUUCAAGUCAAAUAUGUCUUCAAUGCCAUCCAACAUGUUUUGAUAUUUUUUCAGCUACUACCUCAAUUGAAAUCAUUAAAUUUAAUCUAUCCUGAAAUGAAAAGAGAAAUGAAACAUAUGGUUAUACUUGUUUACUAUGAAGGAAUAUUUAAUGAAUUAAUAUUAUUUAUCAUACAAGAUUAUUAUUGUUUUUGUCCUUAUCUUCCAAUGGCAAUGAGCAAAAUAUUAAAUUAAUUGUAUUUUGGUAAUUGACAAUAUAUACAAAGUAAGAAUUUUUAUAAAUAAAUUAUCAUUUCAAGCCAGUGAUCUGUAACCCUUCCAUUUACAAUGAUUCUGCAAUACUAAUUUACUUUAUAUUGUUAACAAUAAAUAUUUGCUAACUCA